AUGUGCUUCGACAUGAUGGACCGCCAGAUCUGGUCCAUGGAGGAGUCGCACGCGCGCCGUCCUGUGCGGAGGCCAGGCGCACUGGCUGAAUUCCUCCCAAAAGAUUUGGUCGACUCUCUCAAGCGUGGCGGCGGCGCAACUCUAAGAGAGAUUAUUCAGCGUGCGCUAUGUGACCUUGCAUGCUUCGACCUUCUCGCCACCACGGCAGACGGCGCGCGCCUGUCGCUCCUCGUGUACCGUGGCGGCCGGCUAGAGGUCUGGACACAGCAAGAAGUCGACGGUGAUGGCCACCGCAAAUUUGGCGGCGAGACGAAGUGGCUUUACACAAGGGAGAUCGACCACAAGCUGACCGAGCUGCUCCAGCAGCUUGAUCGGCCGUCGUGCUUUUGGUCGGGAGAGAAGGGCGACACGGCGCUCGUUCACUGCGAGGAGCGCAUCUAUGUUGCUUAUCUCGACACCGCGGAAUUGCAAGAUGUGACGGAGCACUUUCAUGACCUUCCUCGUGGCAUGAUUCUUCCAAUGGAGAUAGAGUGGCCCACCUUCUUCGUGCUGCGCCUUGGUAGCCUUUCAGUAGGCUCUCACUAUCCAAGAAUCCUCUGCUUCUCCACCUUCCCUUCCCCUUUGGCCGUCCGUCCACGGAAUCUUUCUCCGGCCAUGGCCGCGCCGCGCGGCGCCCUGCAGAGCCCACUCCUCCCCGGCGUCGCCCUCUCGCCGGAUGAUCCGCCGCGCCGCCGGGUCCGCCGCCCGUGCGCUGCUCUGGCCAUCGCCGUGGCUCUGCUCGCCCUGGCCGGCGUCCUGCUGCUGCUCUCGAGCCCCGGCGCCGGGCCUGCAGCUGAUCGAAGCCGGAGCGGGGUGUCCGCCGGGGGCGCGCGGCUGGGCACGCACGAGGUGGAGUCCGGCGCGGGCGCGGUAGCGGCGGACGACGGGCGGUGCUCGGAGGUGGGCGCGGCCGCGCUGCGGGCGGGCGGGCACGCGGUGGACGCGGCCGUGGCGGCGGCGUUCUGCCUCGGCGUGGUCCACCCCAUGUCCAGCGGGAUCGGCGGCGGCGCCUUCAUCGUCGUCAGGAACGCGAGCUCCGGCGAGGCCGUCGCGUUCGACGCACGGGAGACCGCGCCGGCCGCAGCCACGCCGAACAUGUACGAUGUGGACCCGACGUCCAAGUCGAAGGGUGCGCUGGCCAUGGGCGUGCCGGGGGAGCUCGCCGGCCUGCACGCCAUGUGGUCACGCUACGGCCGUCUCCCAUGGAAAUCCCUCUUAGCUCCGGCCAUCACGCUCGCCCGUGAUGGCUACACCAUCGUCCCAUAUGUCGCGAACGCCCUCAAGGAAAUAGAGCAAGACGUGCUAGCCGAUCCGGGCCUACGCGGCAUCUUUGCUCCAGACGGAAAGCUCUUAACCGCUGGUGAGCUCUGUCACAACCCAGCCUUGGCUGAGACGCUUGAGGCCGUGGCGGAGCGCGGUGUCGAGGAGUUAUAUGGUGGAGUUGUCGGGAUGAGACUCGCGAAGGACGUGAUGCAGUUGGGCGGAGUGGUGACUUCAGAGGACCUGAUGGGGUACAGGGUGGCGGUGGGCGAUGCCAUGGAGGCCGACGCCAUGGGGUUCACCUUCCUCGGCAUGCCACCACCAUCCAGCGGCACCAUCGGCAUGGCAUUGGUGUUGAACAUCUUGGGCGGGUACCAGUCGACGGAGUUCUUGAAUGGGUUUCUAGGCGUGCACCGGCUGAUCGAGGCUGUUAAGCAUAUGCUGGCCGCUCGGAUGGACCUCGGCGACCCCGGAUUUGUCAACGUCGCCGGCUACGUCUCGGAGAUGCUGUCGCCGGCGUUCGCCGACAAGAUUCGCCAAAGGAUUGCCGACAACACCACCUUCCCAUCAGACUACUAUCUCCCAAAAUGGCGCCAGCUGAGUGACAACGGGACGAGCCACCUGUGCGUGGUGGACGGCGAUAGGAAUGCGGUGUCGAUGACGACGACGGUGAAUUACUUCUUUGGGGCGCACGUGCUGUCGCCGUCCACCGGCAUCGUGCUUAACAACGAGAUGGAUGACUUCUCGGUGCCUGGACAGAUCCCGGACCAGCUCCCACCGGCGCCGGCCAACUUCAUCGCCCCAGGGAAACGACCCCUCUCCUCCAUGACGCCGACAAUCAUCCUCAAGGACGGGCAGCUCGCCGGCGUGUUGGGCGCCAGUGGCGGUACCAAUAUCAUCACUGGGGUGACGCAAGUUUUCCUGAAUCACUUUGUGGAGGGGAUGAGCCCGCUCGCGGCCGUGCAGAGCGCCAGGGUGUACCACAAGCUAGUGCCCAACGUGGUGAAGUACGAAGACGAGAAGGUGGUCGACGGCGAGGUCAUCAAGCUCAGCCUCGAGGCCAGGGAGUUUUUGAGAAGCAUGGGCCAUGUGCUGGAAGGCACGUCGUCGGGGGCCGUGUGCCAGAUGAUUGUGCAGGAUUUGCUGGAGCCGGUCUCCAGUGGCGGCGGCGGCGAGAACGUGUUCCGCGGGAUGCUGACGGCGGUGAGCGACCCGAGGAAAGACGGCAGCCCUGCCGGGGUGUGAUCUAGGUAUAUUGUUCUUACAUGUGAAAUGUAAAUAUACAUUCAAACCGAUUGCUUUGAAGAACACGAAUUCCCCGUCAGCUAGAUAAAUCUUGUUGUCCGCGGAAA